GCCCCACGCAAUUUCUCUAAAACAUAGUCAAAGAUAUACCACACAGCAACGACAUGCGUCUCCUACCCACUCUCCUAGCAGCUGCCCUCUUCCUAGGCACAGCCGGGGCAAUUAAGAAUUGGGACUUCUACAUCUUCCGACCAGGCUGCGAUCCCGACGACGUUGAUAUCAGCCUAUACAUCUACCACGCCAUCGGAACCAGGGCCAAGCCCUGCUCCGCCCUCGAUACCCGCGCAGAUCUCAACCUGUCUGAAGCGGACAGUCUGUCGUGGAAAAGCCCGGUGGAGGAGCGCGCGCAGUUCGAUCUGUGCAUGUAUGCCGAUGGGGAUUGUAGUGGGGAGCAUACGGAUGUGAUUCGCAGCACUUGGGAUAUUUGUUAUCCUUAUAAUGGGUUCAAGGGGUAUAAGGUUGUUCUGAUUGGGGAUGAUUGUGAAUAGUAGUCUUCGUCGAAAAGACUCGGGCUCAAAACGCAGGACAGAGUAUUGAGUUGUUGAACCCGUGUGGUAAAGGCUUGAGAUACGGGAAAAAUAUAGUUUCAAUGAACAUCAGGCAUGCGGGAAGUUUUCUACCACCACACUGUCUCUACCUAUUUGCAUCUUAUGAGAAGUAAAAUGACUCAAAUGAAAAAAG